CCUGUCUCUUAUACACAUCUAGAUGUGUAUAAGAGACAGGAGAGAGAGAGAGAGAGAGAGAGAGAGAGAGAGAGAGAGAGAGAGGUGGUGGCGAUGGCGACGACGGAGCUUGAGGAGUUGGUAGAGUUCGUGUCGGCGGCAAACAUAGAGGUGAGGAAGAUGGCGGUAUCGAUCGUGCAGGGCUUGACUGGAUCGGAGGAAGGGUUGCGGAAACUGGGAUACGUGGCUGGAGAUCUCAUUCCUUCCCUCCUUCGGCGGCUCUAUGAUGAGGCAGCCAUAGCCGAGCUCGCGGCAUCCACCCUAGUAAAUCUGUCUCAAAAUCCACGAUUGGCAGGAAGAAUGGUGAAGUUAGGAGCGAUAGACAAGGCGAUGGAGUUGAUAGCCCAGGCAGAGUUUCCCAGGCGAGGGCAUCUGGUUUUGCUACUUACCAAUCUCACGCAAUCGGAGGACGGGGCAGCUCAGCUUCUGCAGAUCGAUCAACCAAAGCUGGAGGGGUUGCACUUGUGUCGUUUAGUGGAGUUGUUUGUGUCCACAUCAUCAUCACCAUCAUCAUCAGCGGAGAAUGGUCGCGGUGCUGCUGAUGUGGACGCCUGGGAUCAUGCCACGUGGGUGCUGGUGAAUGUGACUAGACUGGAGAAAGGUCGAAGACUGGUACUGGAGAGGAGAGAAUCCUUGUUGAAGCCACUUCUACAACGCAUUUGGCCCCCUCCCUCCUCCUCUCCCUCCCUCCCCUCCUCUCUCUUCUCCUCUUCCUGCUCUUUCUCUGUUCGACGUCAGGGAAUUGCAAGAGUGAUCCGUAACUGUUGCUUUGAGGUGGAGCGGCAGCUCGACGCCAUUCUCGACCUAUGGGAGUGGUUGCUUCCGGUGCUUUUGGUGCCUCUUGCGGGCUGCAAGGGGUACUCGGAAGAGGAGGUAUCGAAAAUGCCAGCGGCUGUGGGGGCGGCGCUGAAGCUCGCCCAAGUGAAGGAGAAGGAUGUGGAGGUUCAGGUGGCGGCGGCAGAGUCUUUGCUGCUGAUCGGGACGCAGCAGGGAGGGAGGAAGGCGCUCUGGGCAGCCAAUGUGCCAGUCAUACUGCAGAGAGGGUACGAGGAGGAGGAAGACCCUCAAGUGCUGGAGGCAUUAGAGAAACUCGGAACCCUAUUUGUUGCUGGGAAUGGAGAUGGUGGUGGGGAGGAGGAGGAUCGGGGCGAGGAGGAAGGAGGAUGCAUCCCGCCCUUUCCCUCCUCCCCCCACUGAGAUCCUCAGCCAUGAUGAUAUGAUGACCCGAGCUAGAUCUGGCGGUGGUCUAUCUGUGCCGCAUUUGGUCUGUGAUUUGAUUUCAUUUGAUCUGCUUUCAUCUGAGUCCGGAGUCUUGCUCUCUGUUUUUUUGUUCCGUUUUUUUUGUUGGUUGCGUCAUAUCUGGCGGAUUUGAUUUGAUUUGGUUUGAUUUGCUUUGCUUUGAUUUGAAUUUUGGAUCGCAGAGUAUAUUCUUUUUUCAGCUCCCAAAUGCAAGAUAAUAUUGGAUAGUGCUCACUGGGCAAGAAAGCGCAGAGCCUUUCCCCAGAG